AUGGGCUGUUGCAGUAGCAAAGUAGACCAAGACGAAGAUGACAUUAAUGCUCCUUUGCUUAAUGAACAUCUCACCAAUGACAAUCGAGUUAACUACCAAACCUGCGAAACUAUCGAUGUGCAAAAGGAACAAGAAUUUUGGAACAAUGUCAUUGACAAGACCACACAAAAUUUGAUUGAUAUAUCAAACACACAAACAGACCCACUUCAAGAAACAGAUCUGCAGGAACGAGUCGAUCGAUAUCAGCAGCUACUCCAACAAAUACAGUUAAAGUCAGAUGUUGUAACAGAUACCACAAAUAACAAUAACGUCUUGGAUAUUUUAACCAAUGCAAAGCCUUAUGGUGGAAUGGACGAUAGCCAAGUAGACUGGUUCUAUCAAACCAUGGAUGAACUACAGGAAGCAAUUCAACAUAUCGAUAUUGACCCAGUGGGUGAUAUCGUCAUUCAUCUCACAAUGACCGACACAAACAAUAGUUCGAUAAAGGCUUAUUAA